AGGUUGAUGAGCUGCUAGGUACUACCCGGUAUUUGCUACUGGUGCUAGAAGUUGGCAUUGGUGCUUUUGAUGAAGCGAGCCAAAGAAGAUGCUAUUAUUGAUUGCAUUUUGGGUGACAAUUUGGGGUUAGUCCCAAGGAGGGAAAAGAGGGAUAUAUCUUGAAGAUAUGAAGGGGUGCUUGUCCUUUGAUAUCCAACGUCAAUGGAUUGCAACAUCUCUCUAUGCGACUUGUGGAGUGGGUAGUGAAGAAGGACAUGUUCAAGUGUCUGCCUGUCAUGUUCAUAGUCGCAUGUGGGUGUAGGGCAUACACGAGGGAGUACUCUGUGCAUAUGGUCUCUGAGCUUAGUCUGUCCAGUUAUCAUCCUCAUGAUCUUGAUCUCUGUGGACCUAUCAUAUUUACUAUAGGCUUUCUUUAUAGUGACAUUUGGCUGAAGCUGAUACGUCCAUCUACCCUUGGUGGUUAUAUUCCAUCGCCUUUGCCAGAGUCUUACAGUGUUCUUCUUGAUGUUCUUGGUGACACAUGCAUAUAAAGAGGAUGAGGAGGGAGGUGGAGUAUUGCAUGCAUGGUAAACCAUACUAUUUUAAAGCUGCUACCAAGGAAAGUCAAUGGGAGAAACCAGCUGGUCCUCCAGCCAAUAAAGUUCGCUGCUCCCAUCUCCUAGUCAAACAUAGAGAAUCUAGGAGACCUGCAUCCUGGAGGGAUGACAAGAUCACACGCACAAAGGAUGAAGCUCUUCAAAUAAUAAAAGGAUACAGAGCCAGGAUAGUUUCAGGACAAGUUGAUUUUGGGGAUCUGGCUAGCACAGAAAGUGAUUGCAGCUCUGCUAAAAACAAGGGUGAUCUUGGAAUCUUUGGCCGAAACCAGAUGCAGAAGCCUUUUGAAGAUGUCUCUUUCAGACUUGAGGUUGGCGAAAUGAGUGACCCAGUUUUCACAGACUCUGGGAUCCAUCUCAUCCUAAGGACUGCUUGAGUAGACUGAACAAACCACAGAGAUGUUUCAUAAAGACUAAGAUUAAAGUUCGACAUGUCAGGCUGUUCAUCAUUGGUUGCUAUCACCACAAGUAUUUUGUCUCUUUAUAAAAAAAGAAGCAAGAGUUAAUUUAAACAAAUAUCAUUAUAAAUCAAGAUUGCAGAAUUUUAAAAAUAUAUUCUGAACUGAAGAUAAAUUCAAAUUUACAAUUGAUUUUUAUUUUAAGUAUAUGGUGAAGCUUAUGCAAAAUUCAAUAUUGAUCUUUUUAUGUGACAGGAACCAGCGGUUAGAGCAAUCAGUGACAUGAAUGGCCAGCCAAGAUCAGUCAAUUUUUCAUAAUCCAUAUAAAACAUCUCAAGGGAUGUCUCACAAAAUGAUUGUGAGUACAAGAUUAAUUACUUUGGAUUAUGCCAAUUUGAUACACUUAUCAAUGGUACCUGUAAUCUUUCAUGGGACAAUGUCAUCAGAGUGUAUUUCAACUAAAUAGAAAUGGGGAAAAUGAACCUGCAGGUCCAAAGGAUUGAUUGGUGCAUCUUUAGUUUUACAGUACAUUCUUCUA